AUGAAAUUCCGCUAUGGAGAACCCACAAGCGCUUCUUCCUCCCCGUUGCUCUCCGAAUCCGCUCGAAGCUUCCUUCAAAUCUCCACCGCCAGUGCCGAAACCAGCAGCAGUGAGCUCAGCGACGACAGCCCUUCCCAAUCUUUCCGGUUUGUUCCCAAAAGUGUCGAUCGAGAAAACUUAGGCCCGUUCCCGUUCAAAUCUCUAUCUGGGUCGUUGUCGCACAGGUCUCUAGCGAUUCUAUCCGGCCACCUGGGCUCCGUUUCCUGCUUGGCUCUCUGCGGCGAGUUCAUUCUGAGCGCCUCGCAGGGGAAAGACAUCAUAGUCUGGCAGCAGCCGGAUUUGAGGAUGUUUACCAAGUUUGGGCAGGGAGAUGGAUCCGUGAAGGCGUUGGUGACAGUUGGCAACAAAGUGUUCACGGCGCAUCAGGACAGCAGGAUUCGGGUGUGGAAAGUGUCGAGGAGCUCGGAGAAUGUAUUCAAGCUGCUCGACACAAUGCCUACGAGAAAGGACUACCUGGGGAAGUUUAUGAAGCAGAGCAAUUACGUCCAAACGAGAAGGCACCACAGGAAGCUUUGGAUUGAGCACGCCGACAGCAUUUCCUGCUUGGCAGUCCACAGUGGGUUCAUCUACUCUGGCUCCUGGGACAAGACCCUUAAGGUCUGGAGAGUAUCCGAUUUGAAGUGCUUGGAAUCGAUCAAAGCCCAUGACGAUGCCAUUAAUGGGCUGGCUGCCUAUAAAGGGAUGGUGUAUUCGGCUUCAGCUGAUGGAAAAAUCAAAGCUUGGGGGAUGGGAAGUAGUGGGAGGACAGCUACUCAUUCUUUGAAGGGGAUUCUGGAGGGGCAUAAGGAUGUUUCGUUCAAUUCAGUGAUAGUUUCAGAGGAUGGGAAGUGGGUUUAUGGCGGGGGUUCGGAUGGGUUUGUGAUGGGAUGGGAAGGGGAAGGGAAUUUUGUGAGCUGGAAAUUGGUGUGUGAGGUGAAAGCUCAUGUGAUGGCUGUUCUGUGUAUGUGUAUGGUGGGUGAGUUGGUGUUCAGCGGGUCGGCCGAUAGGAGUAUUGGGAUAUGGAAGAGGGAAGCUUUUGGGAAGCUGUUGAAAAUUGGGAUGAUUUCGGGUCAUGAAGGCCCUGUCAAAUGCUUACAAGCUUCGAGCAGUAACGUUGGGGGUGGGUUUAUGCUGUACAGUGGUGGACUCGACAAGAGCAUUAGAGUCUGGUGGGUUCCCAGCCGGCAGCAGGAAACCUCUAAACCACAGCAUGAGGAGAAGUCCCUAACUCUCUGA